AUGUUCACCACCGUAAUAACAGUCGUGGCAGUGGCAAUCUGCCUUACUCAAACGCACGCAGAUCAGCACAGUUCCUUACGAAUCGUCAAUGGAACCGCCGUGGACAUCCGGAACCACCCACACCAGGUGGCAAUUGUAUCGCGGCCUGGAACCGAAGACGAAAGCGACAUCGCAGGAGGAACACUGAUCGGUGAACACUGGGUUCUGUCGGCCGCCCAUCUGUUCAAAUCAACGAGGGCUUCUUGGUUUGGCGUGCGGGUUGGAGCAUCUUCGAUGGCAGAAGGUGGAACCGUUAUCGAAAUUUCUGGUUUGUCGUACCAUCCGAACUAUAAUCCGAAAAAUAUGGACUGUGACUUUGUAUUGUUACGAUUGCGAGAACCUUACACGAUAGAUUCAGUUGGGCGUGCGAUACCGAUGGUGCAAAGCGGCGAAGAGGUGGCCGAUGGAACCACUUGUACGGCUAGCGGAUGGGGUACCACGAUGGGAACCGGUAGCAAUGAGACGCUUCGUGCAGUGCAAGUACCGAUUGUGAAUCACGAGGUCUGUAGGAAGAACUAUGCAGCCUCCAGGUUAAAUGUGACGGAAAAUAUGCUCUGUGCCGGUUAUGACGAUGGGAUGCGGGAUUCUUGUACGGGUGAUUCUGGUGGCCCACUGGUGUGCGAUGGAAAGCUGGUAGGAGUGAUCUCGUGGGGGAGAAAAUGUGCUCAAAAGAACUACUACGGUGUAUACGCAAAGGUGGCCAAUGCCAGAAAUUGGAUUGAACAAAAGACUGGAAUUUAAUGUAAAAGUUACUCACAAUAAAUAAACUGGGGAAAUAAGCUUAAUUCUAAACUGUAAAUUUAAUUUGAAGAAUGCUAGAAGUUCUCACCAUCUGUAAAAACCUCCGUUGAGCACAAAACUAGCAAACGAAAUUUAUCACAUC